AUGUCAAACGGUUUCUUCAAUGACCCAUUUUUCCAUGACCCUUUCUUCACUAAUGAUCCAUUCUUUUCACAAAUGGGCACCCGUGAUAGAAGAAGAAUAGAUCCAAAUCAGAACCAUUUCCCUGGUCAAAACCAAAUGAUUGGACCCACUAAUAAUCAUGGCAUGAUGAUGCUGAUGAUGCCAUCGCCAAUGGACCUUCACCAGCAAAUGAUGUCAACGAUGAUGGACCACAGUAAUGGCAUGAUUAGUGGAUUCCAAAACAAUAGUUAUUUCUUUGGCGGUAACUCUCCUGGAACAACUAGACCUAGUACCGGACAAAUCAAGACCCAAGUGGCCAGGGAUCAUUAUACCCUCACAUUGGAAAUUUACAACUUGGAUAAAUCUUCCCUUGAUCUUCAUGUAGACCCAUACUCUAAACAAGUUAUGGUUUCGGGAUCCGUUAGAAACGAGGUCAAUCAGAAUGGCUUCCAUAGUGUCAGUACCGAACUGUUCCAGCAAUCUGUUGGAUUGCCGGUGACCGAGCCUAACGAGUUAAUUGAUGAUCAAAACGUUGUGGUGCAGUAUGAGAAUAAUGUAUUGACUAUUGAAAUUCCAAAAGUAUCAAUGAAGCUGUUACCAGGGAAUGAUGAACCAGGGAAUGAUGAACAGUAUGAUGUUGGUCGCAUUGAGGAAAUUCCAUGA